CCCGUAAAAAAAUUUUUCACACUUAUUUUAAAAUAAACUAAGUUACUAUUUAAAAAGCAAGAUUUCCUUAUAAAAUGUGUCAUUACUUAAAAAGGAUUUAAAGGUAAUAGAUAAGGAACUCUCUAAAAUUAUAGUGCUUUUAAAAGAAAAUCAACCUACAGCAAGCCUAAUGACAAUGAAAGAUAAAGAAUCCCUUCCAUCUGUAAGCGCAAAUGAAAUUAAAGUUUCAAUUACUAUUAUGCAACCAAGACAUGAAGCACGCAGUUUGGAAUUAACCAACUUUGAGUUGUCAGACAUUUCAGAACAAGAUAACUUAGAUUUAAAGGACUCUUCUGUGAAUGAUGACAAUUCACUGCAGUCACUGUUAAAGAAAUUACAUGUUAUUACUCUAAAUUCAUACCAAAGCAUUAAAGAAUUAACUUUGAGAGUUUGUAGAAUAGAGGAUGAUUUGUGCAAUAUCAAAUUGUCGCUAGUAGAAAAUAUAGGGGAGGACAAUCAAGACCAAAUGUUUGUAAUGGAGCAAUACAUUACCAGUCAUACUUUCCAAAACUUUUGUAAAAUGCUAGAAGAGGAUUCUGUGUUUCGAAAGUUAGUGGUAAGCAUAAUUAAUUAUUUUUAAAUUGAGUACUCUACA